UUAACUGCCAUUAUUGUAAGACGUUGAUGAGGUCGCCUUAUCGUCGUCGUCGCCCUUCUCAUUCAGGCGAUAAUCGGAACGGCAUUCCGACUAAUUCCAAUAGCGCACGCGCGCGCUAGCGGUUAGUUCUACAUUCUUGACUCUACAGGAAACAGCCAAAACGACGCAGCCCGUGGCACGAGCAGUACGAGCAGUACGAACACGCGUGUUUUCGUCUCACUACAGUCACUACUCUCGACACUUUCGUCCGCCCGGUAGCACGUCUCAGAUCGCGCCGUACAUGCCGAAGCUGAUGCGGCCACAGUUGUUCCGGAAUACAGAGAAAUGAAUAUUUUCCUAAAUAUAUCGGCCACCUUUUGGUCACCACACAUUUGGUUACCUCCUAACAUUACAUGGGAGGAUAUCAGUCCAAAUGCAGACAAUAAAUAUGCUAAUUAUCAGCAUUUAAUAUAUCCGCUGCCUAUGGCAAUUGUUCUUCUAGGAGUAAGAUAUACUUUUGAAAGGUAUUGGUUUGCUCCCUUUGGAAAAUCGCUUUCUAUAAAAAAUACCAGGAGCAAAAAGGCAGUAUCUAAUGAGAUAUUAGAAAAAGCGUAUCUUAGUAAAAAAACCAAAUAUAAACAGAUUUUGGCAUUGGCUAAACAAUUAGAUUGGUCUGAAAGGCAAGUAGAGAGGUGGCUUCGGCUGCGUCGUUCUCAGGACAAGCCAUCUACUCUUACAAAGUUCUGCGAAAGUUGUUGGAGAUGUUUUUAUUAUACAUAUGCAUUCUUCUACGGCCUUGUUAUCCUGUGGGAUAAACCGUGGCUUUGGGACAUAAAGUAUUGUUUUUACAAUUAUCCUUAUCAUCCCGUUACCAAUGAUGUGUGGUGGUAUUAUAUGAUAUCAAUGUCAUUUUACUGGGCAUUAAGCUUUUCUCAAUUCUUUGAUGUAAAAAGGAAAGAUUUUUGGCAGAUGUUUAUUCAUCACAUAGCUACAAUUGCACUUAUGUGUUUUUCAUGGGUUGGAAAUCUAACGAGGAUCGGUAGUCUGGUCUUGCUUGUGCAUGAUUCUGCGGAUAUACUUUUGGAGGCUGCAAAAAUGACCAAAUAUGCAAAUUAUCAAAGACUUUGUGACUGUAUAUUUGCUGCGUUUACAAUUCUCUGGGUUGUAACGCGUAUGGGUGUGUACCCAUUUUGGAUAAUUUAUAAUACAUCUAUAGAGGCGCCUAAGAUAGUACCGAUGUUCUUCGCGUAUUAUAUCUUUAAUUCUUUAUUAGUUUUACUACUGUUUCUCCACGCAAUUUGGACUUAUUUAAUCAUUCAGAUUGCAUACCGUGCUUUCAAUGCUGGUCAGAUGGAAGGUGAUAUUCGCAGUAAUAGCAGCGACGAAGUAUCUGACAAUAAUACUUCGGUCAAUAAUACUCCCAUAAACAGUACCGUAAAUUACACUAACAAAUCAAAUUCGAAACCAAAAGCCCACUAACAAGACGCAUGCCACAUAGGUCACUAUAUUAAAGAUUGAUUCCAAGGUAAAAAAAAAUUCAUCCGGACAUUUAGCCAGGGCUAAUCUUUCUUCCUACAAGUAAAAUGAAAUCUUGAAUAUGACUUUAAUCUUGUAAUCCAAGAUGCUAACGUUAACAUACCUAUUUAAUCUCUCUAAUAAAAUUUAAAAUGUA